UGCUGAGGAGGGUAGAAAUGGGUAGAGAUGGGGAGGGGGAGUUGGAAAGUUGCAACUUCAGGGCAACGCAGACCACAUGGAAUGCUUGUGUGUUUGGAGGCGAGUAAAGGCAUAGAAGCGAGACGCGGACAGGAGGUGGAGGAAAGACGCAAAGAGGGAGGGACCUCGAGUGAGCUGCAGCGUGGCUCGCUGCAUGUCGGAAUGAAAUGAAAGGAGCUCUCUCUCCCCUGCUGUCUAGAUUUAGGCUGUCCGAUCACCGUAGCUAGCGAGCACAUGUCCUGAGAAAACAAAACAGGACAGACAGAAAGCAACGUUAGGCGUUCAUUUCCUUUUUUAAUUUUUAGUGGUUUGCACCUCUGGGGAGCCUGGGUUGCAUCUUUACCAUGUGGCUGCUUUCGUAAGGAUUGCUCAGCAUCCGGCAAAUGUUUUGGGCAAUUUGUCAUGUGACAGGCAUGAGGAUUCUGAACUUUUUUCAAGGUUGAGGAUCAAGGAUUGACACUUUCUGGGGAGACAUUGAGGACUGCAGCGGAAACAUCAACAUAUCACCUGAGCAGAUGCGCUGCAGUUUUCUCAAAGAAAGCACUGGACCUGGAUCACUGGAACUUUCUUUUUUCUUUGUUUUUCUUUUGUUACUCUUAGAAAAGCUUGUCAUGCAGGUGUGAUAUGCGGGUGGACUGUUCAAAAUUACCCCAAGUGAGCUGUCGGACAAUUUUGCAAACAGGUGUGAUGAGCGCUCAGUGUGUUUGAUGCACACGCACUAAACUCCUGGAACAUCAUCACCGCUUGACAAUCAGACGUUAUUUCAUCUAAAUUUAAUAAUGGUGUUGAAUAUGCAUAUUCUCCCAUGACGCCUAUUCCCAACACUAUUUUGUUUUUAUUUACAUCUAACUUCACAUCACAUACACAGCAUUCACAAGCUGCACUUUACUAGCAAGUUAAGUCAAACCCUACUGAAUUGUAUUUAAAAGAAAAUGACCAUGCCAAAAUGCACCAUGAACCAACACCAGAUCCCAGGAUGGGACUUUCCACCGCAUCUCCUUCUUCCCAUCCUGCUGCUGCUCACCCAAGCGGGGUGGGGGGGCUGUCAUCCUCAGUGUUUAGAUUACAAACCACCGUUCGAGCCCCAGAAGCCACUGCUCUUCUGCAAAGAGUACGCCAAAUUCGGAUGCUGUGAUGACGAACAGGAUCAUCAGUUGUCAAUCCGGUUUUACACGAUCAUGGAGCACUUUGAUCAUUCUGGUUAUGUCACCUGCGGAAGGUACAUACGCAGCAUCCUCUGCCAGGAGUGUUCACCAUAUGCUGCCCACCUGUACGACGCAGAAGAUGCUAACACACCCAUGCGCAUUUUGCCGGGACUGUGUGGCAACUACUGCAAUGACUACUGGAACCAGUGUAGAUACACACUGAGUCUUCUCCUGGACGACAAGGGGUACCCUGGGCAGUAUGCAAAUCUGUCCGCCACUCUCGAAGAAAAUCACAGACUCUUCCGUGAAUUUCUGGAGCUGAAAGACAAUCAGUACUGCUACCCUAAUGUCUUGACAAAUGCAGAACUGAAUGCUAACCUGGGUUUGGUUCGAGAGGACCCCGAGGGCUGUCUAGAGAUAUGCCUGCAGGAAGUUGCAAACGGGCUCCGGAACCCGGUGGCUAUGAUCCACGCAGAUGACGGAACACAUCGUUUCUUUGUGGCUGAGCAACUGGGCUACGUGUGGGUCUACCUGCCCAACGGCUCCAGGAUAGAUCGGCCAUUCCUCAACCUCACUCGGGCUGUCCUGACAUCACCUUGGGCUGGAGACGAGAGGGGAUUCCUGUGCAUCGCCUUGCAUCCAAGGUUCACCACUGUGAGAAAAGCUUAUGUUUACUACUCAGUGUCUGUCAAGAAGGAGGAGAGGAUACGCAUCAGCGAGUUCACACUGUCGGUACAUGAUGACAACCAACUUGACCACAACUCAGAGAGAACCCUCCUGGAGCUGAGAGAACCCGCAUCCAAUCAUAAUGGGGGGCAGCUUUUAUUUGGCCAUGACGGAUAUUUGUACAUCUUCAUUGGUGAUGGUGGUCGGGCCGGGGACCCUUUUGGAAAAUUUGGCAACUCACAGAAUAAGUCAACACUUCUUGGAAAGGUGCUACGGAUUGACAUCAACAAUAAUGAUGAUGGUGCCCCGUACAGCAUCCCUUCAGACAACCCAUUUGUCGGAGAGAAGGGUAGCUUCCCAGAGAUUUAUGCGUACGGCGUGCGCAACAUGUGGCGUUGCUCGAUUGACCGUGGAGAUCCGAAGACCGGCGUCGGUCGAGGCAGAAUGUUUUGUGGUGAUGUAGGGCAGAACAAAUUUGAGGAAAUAGACCUCAUACUUAAAGGAGGCAAUUAUGGAUGGAGAGCAAAAGAAGGCUUCAGCUGCUACGAUCGCAAACUCUGUCGUAACUCUUCGCUGGAUGACAUCUUGCCCAUCUUUGCCUACCCCCACAAGUUGGGCAAAUCAGUGACAGGGGGAUACAUCUACAGAGGUUGCCAGAUGCCCAACCUGAAUGGACUCUACAUCUUCGGGGACUUCAUGAGCGGGCGUCUGAUGUCCUUGAAGGAGAAUGAGGCAACAGGUGAAUGGCAGUACAACGAGAUCUGUAUGGGAAGAGACCAGACCUGCAUGUUCCCCAAACUCAUCAACAGCUACUAUAAAUACAUCAUUUCUUUUGCAGAGGAUGAGGCGGGUGAAUUGUACUUUCUUGCCACGGGUGCUCCAAGUGCAACAGCCAGAGCAGGGAUUAUUUAUAAAAUAGUGGAUCCCUCCAGGCGAGCUCCACCAGGUCGAUGUGCCAUCAAGCCCUCCCCAGUAAAGAUAAAGGGGAAAUUACUUCACUUCUAUCCCAAAGAAGAAUUUGUGAUCGAUAAGAAGCCGACGACCACACCGGUGCCCACGACAACCGCAAGAAAAAUACCACCAACCAGAACAACAACAAGAAGAAUUACAAUACUGCCACCAAGAACAAGACAACCCUUGCCCCAACCACCAACACCUGCACCUACGAGAAAACACAAAAGGACACCUCCACCAACAAUAAGAACAACACCAUCAACAAAGGCUCGCACCACCUUGGUCAAAGCUACACCCACCGGUUAUCGCUCGGCUCUCUACACCGCAGCCUCCUCACGGACUCAAACCACAAAGGCCACUUCGACAAGAAGAUAUAUGAGACCCCCUCUACCCCACCGAACAUUAACCUUGCUACGGCCUCCUCCUCCUCUGUCCACAAAGCAAACCUACACGGCUUUGACCACUGGACGUUAUCCAAGGAGGUGGACAACGCCGCGGCCAUCAUAUUGGACCCCGAAGCCCACAACCUAUAAGCCUCAGAGACCGCCAAUAUAUACCACUCAGACAAAAACAGAAGAAGGGAAGCUUGGGUUAGUAGAGAAGACAGACAACACAGAAGGGUAUGAAGGUAACCAAGUGAAUAAGAGGCCCAGGGGAGGAAGCAGGGGUUACGAUUACAAAAGAGUAAGAGCGGGUGGAAGGAUGCGUGUUGGCUCGGUUCGUUUGGUAAGCCCAGAUGGUCUGUCGGACCGAGGCCGAAUUGAGAUCUUUAUCCGUGGAGAGUGGGGCACAGUGUGCGACGACCUUUUCACCACUAAGGCGGGUACGGUAGUGUGUCGACAGCUGGGCUUCAGCACGGCGCUCGCUGUAAUGAAAAGGGCAGCGCUAGGCCAGGCGGAUCGCAGCGUCAGGAUCUACUUGGAUGACGUGGAGUGUGAGGGCGGGGAGAAGUCGCUGCUCGAGUGCAAGCGGUCCAGAGUUGGGAAGCACAACUGUUCCCACGCAGAGGAUGUGGGGGUGAUCUGUGGUUAGCCUCAGUACAGAGACCUGGCCGGAGAAAAGUACUGUCGAGUCAAAAACUGCCGUGGAUAUUACAUAGGUUGUCACAACUAAUACACUUUAUUCUUUAUUGGUAGUUGCAUAUUUGUGUUGAACGGGCCAUGCAUGUGGUACCUGGGUCUUCAAUGGGGAUUUUCCGGACUGAUGCACCUCCUAAUACCACCACUAUCAGAUGGCAAUUACAGAAAUUAUUAAUACUAUGCAAUGCUAUGUACGUUUUCUUAAGGAAUUCACAAUGUUUAUUCCUCGAAUAUCAUGACAAAACAUUUAAAGAAAAUCCAUCAUACUCACCAGAAAUUCUGAUUAUUACUGUGCAUGUAUCACUUCAGACACAUUUUACUCGUCAACCAAUCAGAAUGGGAAAAUGCUGACGUCUUCAAGAGCCAGCUAGUUGGCCCGGUGAGAACAAGUUUGAAAUCUGAUUGGUUAACAAAACAGCCUCUUUGCUAAUAUUUUUUAUGAGCUGAUAGAUGCUCAAAUCUUAUUGGAGAGAAACUCCUACUUCCAAAUAGUACAUAUAUUAAAAGCAGUGGAGCCCAGAGAAGCACUAUUAAAUAAAGGGAAUAGUUUAUUGGGAAUAAGUUAUUUGGGAAUUAUUUGCAAUAUG